CUCCAGUCGAAUUGCUUGCAUAAUGGCUUCUGCAAGAGCGGCCUUCCUUGCUUUGCCUUGUGUCAGUUGACCUGGACGCUCCUCUCAUUCCUUAGUCUGCCUAAUUCUCUUUGGUAUCGUGAUGAGAGUUAACCAAUAGAAUGCGGGUACUAAUACAGUUUUGGAGGGUAUUAAGACGAAAGAGGAUUUGUCUACUCUGUCGUGUUCUACGAGAAAGGUCACCAUGGCUAUACCCAGGUUUCCAGUACAACGCUCGAUCUCGUUCCAACGUUAGAUGCUGCUAUAUCUACACUAUCUAACUGCGCAUUGCUAUUUCGCAGCAAACGCAGUCCUUGCGUCGAUGGUCUCUGGUUUGCCCCAUCUCGGCAUCUUUCAAAUUCCAGGUUUUCCAUCUAGGCACCGAAAAGUAAGUGCGAGACCAUGCACUUCACGUACUCGCGUGAUAAACCUCAACCUCAAACUUCAGAUUUCAGUUCUCAGCCGCUUAUCAGUUGGGCUUCAUGGCUUAGGUUGUAGGUUGAUAUUUCUUCGAAAAUCAAUUGAAAGAGUGACUGCUAAGGGGUUCGUACGGAGAGCCCUGGAAUCAGAUCACAUUGAUAAGUACAUUCUGCAGAUGCACCAGCAGGGGCUUAAUAAUUGGAGUGAGGCUCAACAAAGACACUUCAAAACGCAUCUCGACAAAUCAUGUCUGCACCGUAUAUACCUCAAAGGCUCUCUGCAGCUAGGGACUCAUUGUUGGGGCGAUAUGGAAUUCAUAAAAAUCAUGUAUUGCACUCUAACUAGUAGUAGUUUCGACAACAACGAGCUACAGAAGGAUGUUUAGCAGUCCCGCGGCACAGUAGAAGAUGAAGAACGUGCGCCCAGAUUCAGCCUAGCGCCUCGGCCACUCUACGCGUUUGCGACCGGCUUCCAUCAACGCUCUC